UAAGAUCAUCUGAGUUCAGGGGCUUGGCAUGAACUGGUGAGAGGUAAGUGAAAGAGGGGGAGGCCAGCAAGGGUUAAUCAGGAGCCCGCCUGUGGUCUGAGGUAAGCAGGGAGCGUGUUUGUUCAGGUAAAUAAGGAAGGAUUACUUAUAAUGGGAAAUAGGGCCCUGGCCAAGUCUUCAUCCUGCGGCCGCCCGACUUCCUUCCAGCACAUUCCUGCACUCAGCCGGGCCACACUGCCCUGUGCAACCAAGCCUCCAAGCCCGCCCCCUCUCCCCUGGAAGCCCCGCAGCUUCUCAGGCAUCCCUCACAGGUACACAGCCCUGAGAUCUCAGUGAGCCACCCCUCGAGGAUAGCCAGGUCUCUCAUAGCCCACUGAAGUGCUACAUCUGCUCCCAACCCCACCCCGGGGUCCUGCAGCUCCCCUACCCCCAAUGCCCAGCUGAGACACGGUGGUGGCCCCGGCUUCCCACACCUUCUCCUGUGGCCUCUGAGGUUGGCACUGCAGUGGACGGCUCCGCAGGCAGUGGGCAGCUAACAGACGCGGCUGCCAGUGUCAGCAGCAGCGGCAUGGGCAGCACCAGCCCUGGCCUGAGCAGCCUGGCCCCUGGCCGCCUCCUGCUGCCCCCCAAUGACACUGUGCUACGAACAGGCCUGGAGAAGGUGGCAGCAGGAGCAGGGGUGGAGCCCGGAGCGUCAGAGAGGCGAGACUGGAGCCCCAGCCCACCUGCCACACCCGAGCAAGGCCUGUCCACCUUCUACCUCUCCUACUUUGACAUGUUGUGCCCUGAUGACAGCAGCUGGGUGGCCAAAGCUCCUGGAGCCAGCAGCCGAGAAGAGUCGCCUGAGGAGCCUGAGCAGUGCCCAGUCAUUGACAGUCAGGCCCCAGGGGGCGGCCUGGACUUGGUGCCUGGCGGGCUGAACUUGGAAGAGCACUCGCUAGAACAGGUGCAGUCCAUGGUAGUGGGCGAGGUGCUCAAGGACAUUGAGACAGCCUGCAAGCUGCUCAACAUCACGGCAGACCCUGUGGACUGGAGCCCUAGCAACGUGCAGAAGUGGCUCCUGUGGACCGAGCACCAGUACCGGCUGCCACCCGUGGGCAAGGCCUUCCAGGAGCUGGGUGGCAAGGAGCUGUGCGCCAUGUCAGAGGAGCAGUUCCGCCAGCGCUCACCCCUGGGUGGGGACGUGCUACAUGCCCACCUGGACAUCUGGAAGUCAGCGGCUUGGAUGCAAGAGAGGACCUCCCCCGGGACAAUGCACUAUUGUGCCUCGACCAGCAAGGAGAGCUGGACAGACGGCGAGGUGGAUUCCUCCUGCUCUGGGCAGCCCAUCCACCUGUGGCAGUUCCUCCGGGAGCUGCUGCUCAAGCCGCACAGCUAUGGCCGCUGCAUCCGGUGGCUCAACAAGGACAAAGGCAUCUUCAAAAUUGAGGACUCUGCCCAGGUGGCCCGACUGUGGGGCAUCCGCAAGAACCGCCCGGCCAUGAACUACGACAAGCUGAGCCGCUCCAUCCGCCAGUAUUACAAGAAGGGCAUUAUCCGGAAGCCUGACAUCUCCCAGCGCCUCGUCUACCAGUUUGUGCACCCGGUCUGAGGGCUUCGGUCCCGGCCGGGGCCAGACCCUGGGCUGGAGGAGAUGCGGCGGACUGCCAGCAUUUUGGAGUCCAAGGUCAGGGAGAGGGGCAACCUGUUGGUCCCAGGUUAUCAAUGAGCCCUCGGCAGUCUGGGAGAGCCGGAUCCGUGGGGCAGGGGCUUCUUCCUCAGGCCUGACAUGCGCUGACUGGUCCAUUGAAGGAUGCAGGGAGCCAGGGCUAGCCUCGGUGUCCCCGGAUCCGUCCCUCUGUGUGUGAAUAGUAGGGGGUGGUGGUCAGGGGAGACCCUUCUCCAAGGGCCCUGCCCCCCAGGUCUCCCAGAGUAGAGCCUACAGCACAGCAGUGACCUGGCCAAGGCUACCUACAGUUCUCAGUCUUCUGUAUCCCCCAUGGCCAUCCAUCGUGCACCCUGCCUGGCAUAGGGCUAGGAGGAGUCUGUACCCCAAGCUGGGGAUUCAAGAGAUAGAUAAUAAAAGAUACUAGAAAACUGACACCUGCCCCAUGCCUGUGGAGUGAGUGUAACACAGCCUCAGAGGCCACUAAGCGGUCAAAAGUAGUUGUGGUCAUAGGCGAUGUGAGCAGUCAGGAAGACUUCUUGGAGGAAGAGGCACUGUGCUGAGGGCAAAAGGAAAGAAGCUGUGGGAGAGAAACAGUGAGUCCUCACGGCCUAGGAGGGGUGAGGAAGGCCCCCUGGGCAGGCUGGAAGGGGCUCAAGCUAAGGAGGAUGGCAGGGAGGGAUAGAGAACAGGAGGUCCUUGCAGGACUUUGUGUG